UAGUGAUGGCAGCAGCUUUGACUCCGUAGCCGCGUGUCUCGGUGGUGGGAUGAGAGAGAGAGAGCGUGAGUGAGAGACAACAGCGAGGACUGACUGGAGGGGGGAGGAGGAGUCUGUCCCAGCCUGCAUCUGGCCCGCUCCCCUCUCUGUCACCCCGGGCCAAACCCGCCCAGCUCCUCUCACUCACUCUCCGCCUGUUUUCCCGCACGGCUCGGCCCGGACACACACACAGAGCACCCACUCACACACGGCGCGAGGACACGGAAUGGAGACGGAAGGGAGCCAGAGCAGCCUGUCCACCGCGGACUCCCCGCAUGACCCCUGCAAAAUGUUCAUAGGUGGACUCAGCUGGCAAACAACACAAGAGGGUCUGAAGGAGUACUUCUGCAAGUAUGGCGAGGUGAAGGAGUGUAUGGUGAUGCGAGAUCCAGUUACUAAGCGCUCGAGAGGGUUCGGAUUCGUCACCUUUGUCGAUCAGGCUGGCGUGGAUAAAGUUUUGGCUCAAACCAGGCACGAGUUGGACUCCAAAACAAUCGAUCCAAAGGUCGCAUUUCCUCGCAGAGCCCAGCCCAAGUUGGUCACUCGAACCAAGAAAAUCUUUGUGGGAGGCCUGUCGGUGAACACGACUAUCGAGGACGUCAAGCAGUACUUCGACCAGUUUGGGAAGGUCGACGAUGCCAUGCUCAUGUUCGACAAGACCACCAACAGACACAGAGGAUUCGGCUUUGUAACAUUUGAGAAUGAAGACGUGGUGGAGAAAGUGUGCGAGAUCCACUUCCACGAGAUCAACAAUAAAAUGGUGGAGUGCAAGAAAGCGCAGCCCAAGGAGGUGAUGUCCCCCACCGGCUCGGCCAGGGGGCGCUCUCGGGUGAUGCCGUAUGGGAUGGACGCCUUCAUGCUGGGCAUCGGUAUGCUGGGUUAUCCAGGCUUUCAGACUGCCACCUACACCAGUCGGAGCUAUGCUGGCAUCACUCCUGGAUACACCUACCAGUUUCCUGAGUUCCACUUAGAGAGGACUCCCCUUCUGACUUCACCCCACCCCCCUGAGCUCACAGCCAUUCCGCUCACGGCAUAUGGACCAAUGGCAGCUGCGGCAGCAGCGGCAGUAGUCAGAGGCUCCACCCCGUCUCGUUCUGCUGGAUUUUUAGGUACAAGCAGCCCAGGUCCGAUGGCAGACCUUUAUGGAACAGCCAGUCAGGAAUCGGCCGUCAGCAGUUACCUCAGCGCUGCAAGCCCUGCACCAAGCACUGGAUUCAGCCAUAGUCUGGGGGGCCCUUUGAUUGCCACGGCCUUCACUAACGGCUAUCACUGAGAGUUGCAGAGCUGUAGACUGAGAGCUGGAAGGAGUUGAAGCUGCUUUGGAGCUGAUCUGGCCUGUCUCUGUCCAGUCCACGUCUCCGGCUGGGGUGGCCUAACCUGUAGCCAACCUGCCCUGGUGUCAGCUACAUCCAGUUGACUCUACUGACACCACACUAAACUCCACCACAAUUUUAUUUUUUUUGGGGGGGGGGGGCUUUAAAGGAAAAAAAA